AUGGAACGAGAAGACAACUCAGAUGUCAUCCCGAUUGAUAUCAUUCACGAGAUACUCUCGAGAUCGUGUAAUAAAUCAAUCGCUAGGUUUGGUCUCGUAUCCAAAUUCUGUGCGUUCAUACUUGGACGUCCAGAGUUCACCGAGUUGUCCCUGACUAGGUCCUCCUCCAAUCAGCCGCCGCGUCUCUUAUUCGCCACCAAUUAUUACUCUAAAUGGCGUUUAUACUCGUGUCUUCAGCCUCAGAGUCCAGAUGAGAAUCAUUCUCUUAUAGUAUCCGCCGAUUUUCAUAUGGAGUUGCUUGGAGACGUCGGACCAGGAAAUAUAUGUGGCCCUGUCUCCGGCCUACUAUACUUCUCGAAUAUGCGGAUCUCAAAGGACGGUAUAGAUAAAGUGCCGGUGAUAUGUAACCCUAGCACGGGACAGUACACAGGGUUACCUCAGCUGAGAACUAAGAUCGGUGAGCCAAGGAGCUUAUAA